AUGCUGCGACCGGCGACGCCCCUGUCGGUGCUGCUGCUGGCCGCCUUGAUCCUGCUGCUCUUGUCCGUGCUCUCGGUCCCCGUCACGCAGUCCAUCGCCCUCGGCAAGUUCAACGAUGUCCUGUUUGGCGUCUUUGGCUAUUGCAAGGGCGGAACGUGCAGUUCCAUCGGCAUCGGAUAUGACACCGGAAAACUGGUCGACGCCGACAAGCAGUCCUUUACCCUGCCGACGGGCGUUCGCAACUCCCUCUCGGCCAUCCUCGUCGUCCACCCAAUCGCCACGGCCAUGACGCUCGCCAUGUUCAUCCUCGCCGUCAUCGCCCACCUGCACGCGCCCUCGCGCUCGUCCAAGUAUCUCCUCGUCCUCUUCCUCUUCAUGAUCGUCACCUUCCUCCUCUGCCUCCUGGCCUUUGUCAUCGACGUCCUCAUGUUCAUGCCUCAUCUCGCCUGGGGCUCGUACCUGGUGCUCGCCGCGAGCAUCGUCGUCGGCAUCUGCAUCGUCGUCUCCUUCGCCAUGCGCCGGGCCGUCGUCGGCCGCAAGUCGCGCCAGAAGCGCAUCGCCGAGAAUGCCGAGAUGAGCGGCGAGAACUACUACAACCGCGAGGAGCAGUCGAAGCCGACGUUUGUCACCACGCCGCAGCCGACGAUGCCCGUCAUCAGCGGCGGCAGCUCGAGCGCCGCCGACAGCCUGCCGACCUUUGCGACCUUUGAGAGCGAUCGAAAGCCGGGCCAGGUCAGCGAGGAGCGCAUUCCCCUGACCCAGCGAAACCCGGCGGAGAAGAUGGCCAACGGGCACGCCAACAACGACAUGGCCGCCUACGCCGUCGCCGGUCGGUCGACGCCGGCCUCCGAGGAUGGUCGACGCAGGAUGCCCAUGAAUGGCCCCUCGGACCCCUACGCCGCCCAGAGGCCCGCCACCGCCGACCGCAACCGCGGGAGAGGCGACCUCGCCGCCGGUGGCGCCUACGCCGGCCGCGGCGGAGCCUACGGCCGCGGAGGCGCCCCCGACGGAUAUGGUCGGCCGCCGCCGCCGCCGAACCGCGGAGGCUACGGUGGCCCGCCCGGCCGCGGCGGCCCGUACGGAGGACGAGGAUACGGCUCGCCGCCGCAGCACGCCAACGGCGGCAGGGGAGGCAGAGGGCCGCCGCCAAACUACGCCAACGGGCCCGCGCCGUACGACUACGGCCACCCGUCUGACGCCUCGCUCAACCGCGGCCACGGCGGCUACGAUGCCUACGGCUCGAGCCAGAAUCUUCCGAGGGCCGAGUCCCCCCCUCCGCUCGGCGGACCCGCCCGAGGAGUAGUCAGCGCCGGUGCCAUGGCCGAGAUGGACGCCGGCCCGGCCCGCGCUCGAAACGGAUACGUCCCCUACGGCCCCGGCGACGCCGACGUGCCGGGCAUCGUCGGCCUGCAGCAGCCGAGGGCGCCGACGCGUCACGACACCAUGAUGACGUACGGCAGCAAGUACAGCACGGAUGAGGCCUACCCUUCCCCCCGCAACGCCUGGAACCAGGACUCGGGCCGGAGCACUCCCCAGGCCGGCUCCAUGCCGCCCAAGGCCGAGGCGCCGGCCAGGCGGGCGCCAGGACAGUACUACGAGGACGUCGACCCUCGCUUCACGGCGCCGACGCAGUCCAACAACCAGUCGCCGUCGCCCCCCGAUCGCAUCUACGACGACAUGCGCGACCGCGGCGACGGGACGCGCAGCCCCACCGCUUCGGAGCGCUCCAACUUUACAUCCAUCUCCCAGCGAGGCGUCAAUCCUCGCUGGAACCCCAACCACCCACCCAUGCCGCGACCGGUGCCGGGCGGCACCUCCCGCCACCCUGUGCAGCAGCGUCAGGACAUGAUCCUCGACAAUCCCGACUUCCAGCUGCCCGGAAAUCGCCAGAGACCGGCCAACAGGGCCGCGCCGGGCAUGAUUCCCGGAAGCGCCUACCCGCCAGGUCCCAUGUGA